GCUCUGCGGGGAGGAAGUGAUGCAGGGCAUAUUCCCUUAAUGUCCACAUAAGGGCGAGACACAAAGAAACUGUAAGCCUUUCGUACUGGUUCAUCUGAGUUGUUUGAUUUAGCAGUCAAUUUAAAGUAGAAGUCAGUCGUUUAGGGCGGUUGUUUGCAAACCAGGUGCGUUCUUAUCAGGCGAAAGUCAACUGAAACGCUCGGUUUUGUUUAUGAUGCUGACUCGCUAACGUCAGCUGGCUAGCUUUUUAGCUACGUGGGGAUGUUUGUUUGUGUCGUGUCCUAAGAUAGCAAGCUAACGUUUUGUUUUAUUAGCUAAUGUUAUUGGAGUGAUGUACGCGAUUUUCUAGAUAAUCAUUUAUUUUUAAAAGCAAGUAAACAAACUGAAUCUACAUGUGGGAGAACAACACCCCUGUAUGACAUUAUGCUUAUGGUGACAAGAUGGUGCGUGUCAUUCAGCAUUGCGGUCACUACAAUGGAGCAGAAAAAGAUGACACCUUCAUCUAGAGUGGUCAAUGCAUUCUGAGGAAGUGUCUGUAAGUAUUUAUCAGCACCAACCCUUUUUUUGCUCUAUCUCUGAACUACUCUGGAAGGGUAUUGUGUAGGCUAGUAGUAUGUAUGAGCCAGACCACUUCUUAUUGUUUUAUCUUGUGGUUUCUAUGGUUAAAAACAUUUUGUUAAGUAUUUUAGUCUGUGUUUCUAUGAUAACCCUUGCUGUAUAAGGCUCCUCUCUAUAAGUGUUUCGUACUUAUACAGCCCUCCAGUUUGAUUUGGGCCCCCCUCCUCUCCAUGGCCCUCCACCCUUCUUCAUUGGUGGUGAUGUAGCCUACUGUAUGAUCUUCAUAUGUUUUUCUAACUAUCAUUUAGUGGUCGUUUUGUCUAGUAAUUAUCACCUCAGUGUUGUGGCUUUUGACCCGCAGCUUUGUUGAUCCAGUGGUUCAUUGCCACUGUUAUUGUUGACUCUGUGUGACUGUGUUGGACUCCUCCUCUGUCUCAGGGCCCAAAGGCAUGUUGAGACGUCUCACCAGGCCAGAGCAGAGGCGUCUAGGUGGGGCAGGCAGGGCCUGAAGGAGGGGAGGACAGACCGUGAGAACCAAAGCGAGCGACAUGGGCCAGUGUGUCACCAAGUGUAAGAACCCAUCGUCCUCGCUCGGGAGCAAGAGUGGCGACAAGGAGCCUGGGUCCAAGUCCCACCACAAGAAAUGCGGGGGCACGGGAGGCAGUGGGGGAGGAGGUCACAAGGAGGAGCCCAGCUCCCUGAGCAGCAAGGCCUCCAGUGAGCUCAUGUUCAAUGGCACCAAGAAUGCCUUGGAGGUUACCGUGGAGACCACAAUGAUCCCCACAUCGGCCAUGAUGGGGGACCUGAGGAAUGAGGAGCACUCGGUGGCAGAUAAGGAGGGGCCGUCCUUGCUGCGCAUCGAGGAGCUUUUCUGCUGCUACAAGGACCCGCAGGAGGAGUCUAUCUUAGAGGAGGGCAUGGAGAGGUUCUGCAACGACCUGUACGUGGAUCCCGCCGAGUUCCGUGUGCUGGUCCUUGCUUGGAAGUUUCAGGCUGCCACCAUGUGCAAGUUUACAAGGAAGGAGUUUGUAGACGGAUGCAGGGCGAUCAAGGCAGACAGUCUCGAGGGCAUCUGCUCCCGGUUCCCCUUCAUGCUGCUGGAGGCGCAGGGCGAUGAGAACUUCAAGGAGCUGUACCGCUUCACCUUCCAGUUCGGUCUGGACGCUGAUGAAGGCCAGCGCUCGCUGCAGCGUGACAUCGCCAUUGCGCUGUGGCGCUUGGUCUUCACGCAGGACACGCCAGCCAUCCUCGAGCACUGGCUGGACUUCCUGGGCGAGAACCCGUCAGGUGUGCGGGGCAUCUCGCGGGACACCUGGAACAUGUUCCUUAACUUCACGCAGGCCAUCGGGCCGGACCUGAGCAACUACAGCGAGGAUGAGGCCUGGCCAAGCCUCUUUGACACCUUUGUAGAGUGGGAGAUGGAGCGCAGGAGAAAAGAAGAGCAGUUAAAGAGGGCAGAGGAGGAGGACAGGGGAUGCACUGAGACUGAUGAGAGCUCUCCCUCCAGCACAGACAGACUUGAAACAGAAGGCAGACGGGGCUCACAGACAUGGGGGGGGCAAUGACUACAGGACUAUAGAAUUCUGGGAAGGGAGGUUGGGGUGGGCGGAGUCUGACCUAAGUGAACUGUACAUCUGUGAAUCAUUGGAUGACAAAUUGGUAUUACUGUUAUUCCUCUCUCCUUUUCUGUUGGGGUGGAAGCCCUGUUGGGGCAUCCACCCUGCUUUAUUUCUGGUUAAUGAAAGGGCUCAAAUAACUAUUGUUUUAGCACUUCUAUUUAAGUUAUUUGUUUUAUUUUUCUUUAAUAUGUGUUUUAGGUAAUUUGGACUUGUGGUCCAUUUGAAUCUUUCCCCACCCUCCCUAAACUCACAAAACAAGCUCAGUAUAUAGGGUUGCUUUAAAAGCCAGGUCCAGAAAGCCAUACCCCAAGUCUCAUAUUUUUACAGCUUACAUUGACCUGGAAACACUGGUGAUUUGACCCAAAGACGCAGGCCUAUUAAAUUAUUGUAUUACAUUAAGGGAAAUCUAGUUGUCUUCAAAUAACACCUUAUUACCAGAGCCUGAGCUUUACUUUUUGGGGUCAGUGAAAUCAACUUGAUUUUAAAUAAUGUUUUUAUUUUGGGACAAUAUUUGAGUGUGGAUGAAUUGGGUUGCGUUUUGAAAUGUGGACUAUUUAAAGGGUUAUUCUUGGCCUAUCUAUUGCCUGUAGUUGUGAUGGCCAACCAUGAUUUGUUCAAAGAUGUGGUCGUACUCAAGCGUGCGUAAUGUCCUAAGACUGAGUAAUGUCCUAAAGUAAACAUUUAUUUGACAGUGACAGUACUUUACUUCCUAGAAUUUUUAUUUUAUUUAUUAUCUAAAUUCAAUUUUUUUUUUGUGCAUUCGGAAAGUAUUCAGACCCCAUCACUUUUUCCACAUUUUGUUACAUUUUGCCUUAUUCUAAAAUGAAUUAAGUUAAUUUAUUUCCUCAUAAUGACAAAGCGAAAAACGUUGUAGAAAUUUUAGCAAUUUGAUUACAAAUAAACAAAUGCCUUAUUUACGUAAGUAUUCAGACCCUUUGCUCUGAGACUCGAAAUUGAGCUCAGGUGCAUCCUGUUCCAUUGAACAUCUUUGAGAUGUUUUGACAACUUGAUCGGAGUCCACCUGUGGUAAAUUCAAUUGCUUGGACAUGAUUUGGAAAGGCACACACCUGUCUAUGUAACGUCCCACAGUUGACAGUGCAUGUCAGAGCAAAAGCCAAACCAUGAGGUCGAAGGAAUUUUCCAUAGAGCCCCGAGACAGGUUUGUGUCGAGAUCUGUGUCACAGAUCUGGGGAAGGGUACCAAAAAAUGUAUCCUGCAUUGAAGGUCCCCAAAAACACAGUGGCCUCCAUCAUUCUUAAAUGGAAGAAGUUUGGAACCACCAAGUCUCUUUCUACUGCUGGCCGCUCGGCCAAACUGAGCAAUCGGGAAAAGGGCCUUGAUCAGGGAAGUGACCAAGAAACCCGAUGGUCAAUCUGACAGAGCUCCAGAGUUCCUCUGUGGAGAUGGUUGUCCUUCUGGAAGGUUCUUCCAUCUCUGCAGCACUCCACCAAUCAGGCCUUUAUGGUAGAGUGGCCUGAGGGAAGCCACUCCUUGGUAAAAGGCACAUGACAGCCCAGUUGCAGUUUGCCAAAAGGUACUUAAAGGACUCUGACCAUGAGAUACAAGAUUCUCUGAAUGCCAAGAGUCAGGUCUGGAGGAAACCUGGCACCAUCCCUACGUUGAAACAUGGUGGUGGCAGCAUCACGCUGUGGCGAUGUAUUUCAACAGCAGGGACUGCCAGGUUAGGAUCAAGGGAAACAUGAACAGAGCAAAGUACAGAGGGAUCCUUGAUGGAAACCUGCUCCAGAGUGCUCGGAACCUCAGAUUGGGUUGAAGGUUCACCUUCCAACAGGACAAUGACCAUAAGCACACAACUACGACAACGCAGGAGUUGUGCUGGGACAAGGCUCUGAAUGUCCUUGAUGAUCCCAGCCAGAGCCUGGACUUGAAUCCGAUCGAACAUCUCUGGAGAGACCUGAAAAUAGCUGUGUGCGGCAACACACCCCAUCCAACCUGACAGAGCAUGAGAGGAUCAGCAGUGAAGGUGCUCCAACAAAGUACAGAGUAAAGGGUCUGAAUACUUAUGUACAUUUUAUACUUAAGUUUUAUUUUUAUGAAUUAGCAAACAUUUUUGGUUUUGCCUUGUCAUUUUGGGGUAUUGUGUGUAGAUUGGGGUGGGGUGGGGGGGGCAAUUGAAUUAAAUUUAGAAUAAGGCUGUAAUGUAACAAAAUGUGGAAUAAGUUAAGAUCUGAAAACUUUCUGAAUGCACUGUACCAAUAAGUCCUUUCAAAUGUCAAGUUGAUUUCUUCAAAAAAGAUCCCACUCUUUUAAGCUCUCUUCUGCUCUUUGAGUGCUCUAGACUGCAACAGUGUCUUAGCUUAUUCUAACUAACAACCAGGGCUUGGUUCCAUGUUGGUCCCUAGCCCCAGUCCCUUUUAGUGUUCACAGAUCCCAAAUGACUGGACACAUCUAAGCGAUAUGGUUUUGGCCUGUGGACUUAUGACUAUAGCUUUCGCAUCUAGUUUUUUCAGAUCUGUGAACACCCUAGGGUAGGUAGGUGUUAUGGGUUGGCCCUGGUCUUGUGCAAACAGAAGGUGGCUGUACCUGGGCUACAUUCAGGACUGGGGCGUUACACAAAGCUUUUGUCUUGUUUACCUUUCCAAAUUCUCAACAAUCUUAUACCAUUGGACAGCUAGCUAUUCACUCUAGUUUUGUGAACAUGUCAAGAAUGUGUGUUGGCUGCUAGUGACCGUUGUGUUAAGUGCACAAAACACAAUAGUCCUCUGAGUCGCCAUGCUUGUAAUGCUCUCAUUCAUUUAUGUCUGCAGCACUCGGUUCUAAUCCAUUCACAACUGUUGAAUGAACUUGGACAUGGCCCAGGCCUUUUGGUGACAGUGGAUCGUUAACCAGGUGUAUUGGCUCAUUGAGUGUCUGUAACCAGGUCAGGUGGUGCCCUUCUUGUGAGGUUUACAUUUACAAUGGUUUCAUUUCAGAUCCCUUUGCCCUUUUUAUAUAAAAUGCAAUGAUUUAUAAUAAAUAAAACAGUGUUCAACUUUUGACAGUCGUCCACAAAAUGCA